AUGCCCGUCGUUCCGAGCGACAAGCUGGUGUCGCUGCAGCAGGCGGCUGAUGGCAUCAGGAACAUUUGCAUCCUCGCUCACGUGGACCAUGGCAAAACGUCCCUCACCGACGCCCUCAUCGCCACCAACGGCAUCAUCUCCCCCAAACUCGCCGGCAAGAUUCGCUACCUCGACUCGAGACCCGACGAGCAGCUGCGCGGCAUCACCAUGGAGUCGUCUGCCAUCUCGCUAUACUUUUCCCUGCUGCGACGGUCUGCGCCCGAAGCACAGCCAGAGCAAAAGGAAUUUUUGAUCAACCUCAUAGACUCGCCCGGACACAUAGAUUUCAGUUACGAGGUCUCUACAGCAUCACGUCUCUGCGAUGGCGCUGUCGUGCUCGUAGACGCCGUCGAAGGCGUGUGUAGUCAGACUGUCACAGUCCUGCGACAGACAUGGAUAGAGAAGCUGAAGCCCUUGCUCGUCAUCAACAAGAUGGACAGGCUAAUCACAGAACUGAAGAUGAGCCCUGGAGAGGCAUAUACACAUCUGAGCAAACUGCUCGAACAGGUAAACGCCGUCAUGGGCAGCUUCUACCAAGGCGAGCGCAUGGAAGAUGACCUCCGAUGGCGCGAGAAGAUGGAAGAGAGACUAAAUGCUGCAGCUGAGAAGACUGACACGCGAUCCUCAUCCAUACUAGAAAACGGCGACAGCAUAGACACCACCAACACGCCCGCUGAGUACGAGGAAAAGGAUGACGAGGACAUAUAUUUCGCCCCCGAGAAGAACAAUGUGAUUUUCGGCAGUGCCAUCGACGGCUGGGCAUUUACGGUAAGACAGUUCGCCAGCCUGUACGAGAAGAAAUUAGGCAUCAAGCGCUCCAUCCUCGAAAAGGUACUCUGGGGCGACUUCUACCUAGACCCCAAGACGAAGCGCGUACUCAGCUCCAAGCAUCUCAAGGGCCGCCACCUCAAGCCCAUGUUCGUUCAGCUCGUCCUAGACAACAUAUGGGCCGUAUACGAGGCCACCACAGGAGGUAACAACGGGAAGGGAGAUCCUGCUUUGGUUGAGAAGAUUACCAAAUCGCUCAACCUUAAUCUUCCAGCACAUAUCAUGCGCUCGCGCGAUCCGCGCGCACUCCUAAUGGCACUUUUCGCAGCUUGGCUUCCGCUAUCGACCGCCUUACUAGUCUCCGUCACCGAAUACCUGCCUCCACCCUCGAAAGCGCAAUCCGAGCGCAUGCCUGAACUCAUCGACAGUUCUCCGGGUGCCGACUACGUUGCUCCAGAGGUGCGCGACGCCAUGACCAGUUUCAAGGCCUCCAAGAACGAUCCUGUCGUAGCCUACGUCAGCAAGAUGAUCUCCAUACCCUCCAGCGAACUACCACAGAACAAACGAAGGGGUGGUGCGCUCACGGCUGAAGAAGCCAGGGAGAUGGGGCGAAAGAAGAGAGCAGAGAUCGCCCGGCAGCAGGCUAUCGCCAACGGUGAGGAUGCUGAGGUCGGUAGUGUCACCGACGCUCUGAGCUCUGCCGCCAUCGGCGAGACUGAGACGCCUGUCGAAGAGACACCAGAGCCGGACGUAGAAGCCGAGCAUCUCAUCGGAUUCGCACGUAUCUUCUCCGGUACUCUGAGUGUCGGCGAUGAAGUCUACGUCCUCGGCCCGAAGUUUACCCCAGCCAACCCACACGCCGCUCCGGAGCCGCAGAAGGUCAAGAUCACUGCGCUAUAUCUGAUGAUGGGGCGAGGCUUAGAGCCUCUCACAACUGUCCCCGCUGGUGUCGUUUUCGGUAUCGGUGGGCUCGAGGGUCACAUCUUGAAGUCGGGGACGCUAUGUUCUCAGCUUCCUGGAUCGCUCAAUCUUGCUGGGGUUCAGAUGGGUUCAGAGCCUAUUGUGCGUGUUGCGCUCGAACCCGAGAACCCCUACGAUCUAGACAAAAUGAUCAAGGGUCUAAAGCUCCUCGUUCAGAGUGACCCAUGCGCAGAGUAUGAGCAGCUACCAAGUGGAGAGCAUGUCAUCUUGACAGCCGGUGAAUUGCAUCUGGAGCGAUGCCUGAAGGACCUCAAAGAGCGAUUCGCCAAAUGCGAGAUCCAGGCUGGUGAGCCCAUCGUACCAUACCGAGAGUCGAUCGUGGCUGCAACAGAGAUGAACCCGCCAAAGGACCCCAACCUGCCACGAGGUACUGUUGUUGGCGAGACAGCUAGCAAGCACGUCUCAGUUCGCCUUCGAGUCCGGCCACUACCAGCCAGCGUCACCGAAUUCCUGGGGAAGAAUGCAGGUGCUAUUAAGAAGCUGUACUCUGAUCGACGAGCCGAAGACGAAGGAGAACAUGCUCCACAUAAUGUACAUGGCGUCGAGGACGAUGGAAUUCAAGAAGCAGAACAGCGCGAAAUCGGACAGAGUCUGAGUUUUGAGGAGUUCAAGAAGCAGCUCAAAGAAGCGUUCGCAGAGGCGAAGGGACAGAAGGAAAUCUGGACCGAAGUCAUUGAGAAGAUCACAGCAUUUGGGCCUCGUAGGAUAGGACCGAACAUCCUCGUCGAUGCGACCAAGGAUGGGAUAUGUGGUAGAGCGCUCCGCGAAUCAACAUCCCCAGACGCUGACGCAGACAACCCCGCCGACCGCACCAUUUCCGCGCGCACCUUCUCUUCUACAAUCUCAUACGCAUUCCAGCUUGCCACCGCGCAAGGCCCAUGUUGCGCCGAGCCCGUUCAGGGUAUCGCCGUCUUCCUUGAGGACGUCAUACUUAACAUUCCCGACGACGAGAGUGCACAGGACCGCGGUCGCUUGACAGGUGAAGUCAUCAAAGCCGUACGCUCAUCGAUUCACCAAGGCUUCCUGGACUGGUCACCUCGCAUGCUUCUCGCAAUGUACAGCUGCGAGAUUCAAGCCUCCACCGACGUCCUCGGCCGCGUCUACGCAGUCUUGACGCGCCGCCGCGGAACCAUUCUGUCCGAAACACUCUCAUCUACUUCCUCCGCAUCUACCACUGGAUCGCAGACUUUCACCAUCAACGCGCUUCUCCCCGUCGCCGAAUCUUUCGGCUUCAGCGACGAGAUCAGGAAACGCAGUUCUGGAUCUGCUAGCCCGCAAUUGCGCUUCGCUGGCUUUGAGAUGCUGGACGAAGACCCCUUCUGGGUGCCGUUCACCGAAGAUCAGCUCGAGGAUUUGGGUGAGUUGGCGGACCGAGAGAAUGUCGCCAAACGAUACGUAGAUAAGGUCAGGAGGAGAAAGGGAUUGAGGGUUGCGGGUGAGAAGGUGGUUGUGGAUGCGGAGAAGCAGAAGACGUUGAAGAGAUAG